GAGCGGGCGGCGCGGCGGACCCCUGGUCGGCCGUGGGACGCGCCCGGAGGCGAGGAGAGUCCCGGGAGCUCUGGCCCACGUGACCUGCCGGGGGCCGGGUCAGGGGGCGCGCGCUGGCCUCCCGCGGUGCCCCUGCCUGGCGCGGCGUCCGCGGCGCGCUGAGCCGCCGGCUGGAGGGGCCGCCGCCGCCCGCCCGUCGCCCGAGGCGGCCGCUGCUGCAGCUCCGCCGCGUCCUCCGCGCUCCCCGGACUCGCCGGCCCGCGGGAGAAAUGUUGGUGAAGUGCUGCUGAAAGGGCCAGAGAUGCAAGGAUUGGGACACAAUUUGAACCUUUAAGCUGUCUGACAUUGACCUCCUUUUAUUAUUAACAAAGAAGAAGCAGGCGCUUAGGAUGUAUUAACACCAACUCAUUAAUAUACUAACUGGACAAUGUUCUGCAACAAUUCUGCAUUGUAAAGGACUGGAUUGGCAAAAUAAAAUAAUUUCAGUUUAUACUCAGCUUUAUAAUAUGACUCAAUGGAGGAAAAUUUGAUAAGCAUGAGGGAAGACCAUUCUUUUCAUGUUCGUUACAGAAUGGAAGCUUCUUGCCUAGAACUGGCCUUGGAAGGGGAGCGUCUGUGUAAGUCAGGAGACUGCCGUGCUGGGGUGUCCUUCUUUGAAGCUGCAGUUCAAGUUGGAACUGAAGACCUAAAAACACUUAGCGCUAUUUACAGCCAGCUGGGCAAUGCUUAUUUUUAUUUGCAUGAUUAUGCCAAAGCAUUAGAAUACCAUCAUCAUGAUUUAACUCUUGCAAGGACUAUUGGAGAUCAGCUGGGGGAAGCCAAAGCUAGUGGUAACCUGGGGAACACCUUAAAGGUCCUUGGGAAUUUUGAUGAAGCUGUAGUUUGUUGUCAGCGACACCUGGAUAUUUCCAGAGAGCUUAAUGACAAGGUGGGAGAAGCAAGAGCACUUUACAAUCUUGGAAAUGUGUAUCAUGCGAAAGGGAAAAGUUUUGGCUGCCCUGGUCCUCAGGAUGUAGGAGAAUUUCCUGAAGAAGUGAGAAACGCUCUGCAGGCAGCCGUGGAUUAUUAUGAGGAAAACCUGUCACUAGUGACUGCUUUGGGUGACCGAGCAGCCCAAGGACGUGCCUUUGGAAAUCUUGGAAACACGCAUUACCUUCUUGGCAACUUCAGGGAUGCCGUUAUAGCUCACGAGCAGCGUCUCCUUAUUGCAAAAGAAUUUGGAGAUAAAGCAGCUGAAAGAAGAGCGUAUAGCAACCUGGGAAAUGCAUAUAUAUUUCUUGGUGAAUUUGAAACUGCCUCUGAAUACUACAAAAAGACACUACUGUUGGCUCGACAGCUUAAAGACAGGGCUGUAGAGGCACAGUCUUGCUACAGUCUUGGAAACACAUAUACUUUACUUCAGGACUACGAAAAGGCCAUUGAUUAUCAUCUGAAGCACUUAGCAAUUGCUCAAGAGCUAAAUGAUAGAAUUGGUGAAGGAAGAGCAUGUUGGAGCUUAGGAAAUGCAUACACAGCUCUAGGAAAUCAUGAUCAAGCCAUGCAUUUUGCUGAAAAGCACUUGGAAAUUUCAAGAGAGGUUGGGGAUAGAAGUGGUGAGCUAACAGCACGACUGAAUCUCUCAGAUCUUCAGAUGGUUCUUGGUCUGAGUUACAGCACAAAUAAUUCAAUAAUGUCUGAAAAUAUUGAAAUUGAUAACAGUUUGCAUGGUGCACGCCCUAAGUUUGGACGCCGACACAGUAUGGAAAAUAUGGAACUUAUGAAGUUAACACCAGAAAAGGUACAGAACUGGAACAGUGAAAUUCUAGCUAAACAAAAACCUCUUAUUGCCAAACCUUCUGCAAAGCUGCUCUUUGUCAACAGAUGGAAGGGGAAAAAAUACAAAACUAAUUCCUCCGCUAAAGUUCUCCAAGAUGCCAGUAAUUCUGUUGAUCACCGAAUUCCAAGUUCUCAGAGGAAAAUCAGUGCAGAUACUAUUGCAGAUGAAGGGUUCUUUGAUUUAUUAAGCCGAUUUCAAAGCAGUCGGAUGGAUGAUCAGAGGUGCUGCUUACAAGAAAAGAACUGUGGACCAGCCUCAACUGCAGCUGCUUCCACUCCCCCUAGAAUGAUGCUAAAAACUCCACCUGUUUCCAUGGUGUCCCCUAACACGGAUGAGUUUUUAGAUCUUCUUGCCAGCUCACAGAGCCGCCGUCUGGAUGACCAGAGGGCCAGUUUCAGUAAUUUGCCGGGGCUUCGUCUGACACAAAAUAACAGUCAGUCAGUUCUUGGCCACCUGAUGACUAAUGACAACAAAGAACCUGAUGAAGACUUCUUUGACAUCCUUGUAAAAUGUCAAGGGUCCAGAUUAGAUGAUCAAAGAUGUGCUCCACCACCUGCUGCCACAAAGGGACCGACGGUACCAGAUGAGGACUUUUUUAGCCUUAUUUUACGGUCUCAGGCGAAGAGAAUGGAUGAGCAGAGAGUUCUUUUACAAAGAGAUCAAAACAGAGACACUGAAUUUGGGCUGAAGGACUGUUUGCAAAGUAAUACUUUGUUAGAAUUUAAAAAUUCAGGAAAAAAAUAAGCAAACCACUAGUUACUAUGAAUAUAUCUUUUAAAAGCGACCUUAUUUCCUUUCAGAACACUGCAGGGAAAUUCAAUGUUAUUACUUUUUUCCUUAAGAGGAGAAAUUAUAGCACUGUAAUACACUUAAAAUGUUUUUAGAAUGAUGUAAAUAUUUAACCUUUAAGAGUAUACUAUUAAUUACAUUCCUCUGGACACUCACUCGUUUCCGGUGGAUGUCUUAUAAGGUGCUUCCUCAACUUUUGUGGUUACUUCUUGGGACUGUGUUCUUUGGCAACUUGCUAGAUUACUUUACCUAGUGCUUGUAAAUUAGGAAGUUAAAUGAAUUCUAGACUAGAAUUUAAUCCUUUUGCUGAGAUAAUUUUUUAAAAUCUUAAUUGAAAUGGUGUUUUUUUAUACUUAACCAUGGAUGUCGUGAGAAAUUAUGCUGUUUAGUAAAAAUAAUGUACUUGACCACUGUGUAAAAAAGUUAUGUAAAGUAGUUGUAAGAAAAUCUAGGGUUUUUUCCCUCUAAGAAAAUCUAUUUUCAAUAUAUCAUUUUUAGGCCAAACCCAUUAUAAAAGAAACUCUUAAGGAAAUAAACUUCUUUUAGCAUG